GCUGUCACUCAAACAGAGGUCAUCACACCACCUCCACUACAAGACCUGCCAAAGGAGAAGAAACAGAAGGACAACAGAGGAUUCCUCAGCCUAUUCAGAAAGAAGAAGAAGAACAAAGCUGCAACGGAAGGGGAGAGGAGUGCCCCAGCUUCUCCUGCUCCCAAAAAACAAGUGGGAGACAAUGUGCGGGUACUUUCCUCCUCGAACACCCUGCCAUUGGAGAUGCCCAAGAAGAGACGGGCCCCUCAGCCGCCCAUCGGGGCCUCACAGAGCGUCCCCAACAACCUCGGGGACUGUCACGUCGGAGGGUCACAGAAGUCAGCAGAUUCCACCUUAAGAAGCAACAAGAGGAGGGCCCCACCCCCACCCUGUGUUAACACCCACCAGGAGGUCAAAGCGCCCGUAGACUCCCUGACAGAGGAUCUGAGAGAAAGCGACGAGUCAGAAUGUGUAUUACUGCCCUCGUCUUCAUCACCAUCACCAUCCCAUCCACGUUCCUCUUCAUCCUUCUUACGUUCAUCCUCAUCCUCCUCCCGUUCAUUUGCUCAUCUCUAUGACGUGACUGACACGUAUCUGCCUUCGUUUCGGGGCAGAGACCUCUCUGACGCCCGCUCUGCUCUUGCCAAAGUCCUGACGUCCUCCAUGUCCAAAGGAGCGCUGGUCAGGCGUGUGAGGAACUCUCCCUCCUCCUUAAAGUCCAUGACUCCGAGGCGUUCGGAUAACGGGGGGCUCUGCGUAGAAUCUGUUCUAGAACACAAACUCCCAACUGAGCAUGAGUGGCAGGAUCCCGCACAAAGGAAGAGAAUGACCACGUUUAAAGUGGUUCCCUCGGGGAAGUCCCACGAUCCUGAACUCACCACAGAGCAGGGAACCGUAGAAGAUCACCCUGAGAGUGAAGGUUCUACUGCUGAGCCUGAAGAGGAUCCACCAGGGACUGAAACACCUUUACAGCACCCAGUACCUCCUGGGAAAUCUCUGCAGAGUCUAAAGCCUCCUGAAAAGCCUUUGCGUAGUCCAAAACUUUCUGAAUCACCCUUGCGGAUUCAAGGCUCUUGUGGAAAACCAGUGCGGAGUCAAGAAGCGUCUAAAACACCUUUCCGGAGUCCAAAACCUCCUGAAAAACCUUUGCGCACUCCAGACCUUUCUCAAAAAACAAUACUGGUUCAAGAAUGUUCCGAAAAACCUUUGGGUAGUCCAGAACCUUCUGAAACGGCUUUGCAGAGUCCAGGCUCUUCAAAAACACCCUUUCAGAGUCCAGAACCUUCUGAAACGGCUUUGCAGAGUCCAAAACCCCCUGAAAAACCUUCUGGUAGUCCUGAACCUUCCGAAACGGCUUUGCAGAGUCCAGGCUCUUCAAAAACACACUUGCAGAUUCCAGAACCUUCUGAAAAACCUUUGGGUAGUCCAGACAUUUCUGAAAAACCUUUGCAGAUUCAACAGUCUUCCGAAAAACCUAUGAGGAGUCAAGAACCUUCUGAAACAUCCUUACAGAGUCCUAAACCUAUUUUGCAGAGUCCAGAACCUUCCGAACCACCCUUGGGGAAUCCAGAACAAUUUGAAACACCUUUCCAGAGUCCAGAACCUUCCGAACCACCCUUGGGGAGUCCAGAACAAUUUGAAACACCUUUCCAGAGUCCAGAACCUUCUGAACUUCCAAGUGACGGUCAGAUCAUCUUGGAGAAGGAAGCUGAGGAUCAAAGCCACAAUGGACAGUCUGAGAGUAAAGACGUAAACCAUUGUGGUUCACUCGCUGAAGUGAAGCAGGAAGUGGUUCAAGAAGAGGAAGAAGCCGAGGACUGUUUCCCUCCCCCUCCUCCACCCUUCUACUUUGAAGAAACCCUAGAGGAGAAAGAAGAUGCUUCCUCUCUGUCUUCUUCUCAGCAACCAAGUCCAACCUCCAACGGGAUUCAUCAGAAGGAGUCUUCCAGAAAACCUGCUAACCCAGCCCCCUCCAGGUUUGCGGAGGCCGUAGCACUGCGCGUGCAGAGGUCCCGUCUCAGGAGCACAGGGAAGGGCUUAGGCGCUCAGGUCCAGAUUAGACCACUCGGUACACCUCCAUCACCCCCCAGGUCCCCCUACCAAAAUGGUGCCUGACUGUCCCUGGAUCCUUUCUAAGUAGAUGAACAGUAUUUUUGCAUCAGUUUUAUGACAACUGACUUUUUUGUAUUCUUGUCUUUUUUAGUUCAAAGACACGUUGCUGUCUCAUUUUGUUGGACUUUAGAUUAUGUUGAACAUAAAUAUUUUGUCCACACAGCCAAAUGUACAGGAUAGAGUUGUUGAAGAGACAACGUCCUGUUUUUUCUUUACUUCCUUUUAAAUUUUUAUUGAAGAUGUGCCAAGGCGGAUGCAAAGCUGACGUGAGAAUUUUUGUUUGUGUAAAACAAAUGAAAGUGCAAUAAUAGGUUUAUUUUAUUUCUGUGCCAGAGUUAGUUUUCAUCUAGGUUGUACAUGUUAUAAUUUAUAAGGAAUGCAGUAUAACUGAUUUGCUGUUUGGCCAGCAGGUGGCAGUACAGUGUUAUUUAAAAAAUAAUCAAAUCUAUAUAUGAGAUUUUAUGUGAAGUCUAAGAGACACAUUUUAUCACUUUAAUUUAGUUAAUAUUGUUUUUUUUAUGGCUCAAGAGCAUUAAUGAACUCACAUGACACAUUAUUAUAAUAUUUAUUUUUCGCAAUGCUUUGUCUGUCAAUUCUAAGGACUUUCCCAGAAUAAACCUGCAUUUAAUGACA